AUGAGCGCCAUUCUCUCCGCUGACGACCUGAAUGACUUCAUUUCACCUGGCGUCGCGUGUAUAAAGCCAAUCGAAACGCUGCCUGUUCAAAAACCAGAAGAUGACGCUAAUGCAUACGAAGUCACGACCGAAGACAAAGUCGCCGCCUCGAUACCUCCACCUCCGGCGCAAAUAUCUCUCACAGACUGCCUCGCCUGUUCAGGCUGUGUGACGUCGGCGGAAGCCGUGCUGGUGUCACUGCAGUCACAUACGGAGGUGCUGAACACAUUGGAUGCGCAUCCCUCAAUACACGCGCCGUGGCUGUCGCAUAAUGGAUUAAACGGGACUACGAAUGGAGACACAUAUACAAGUAAUGGUGUUGGCAAUGGUUCCAACGGGAUUCACACAGCUCCAGAGGGAAAGCUGUUUGUUGCAAGCGUCUCUCCGCAAACACGCGCCAGUCUUGCCGCAACCUUCGCAGUCUCCGAAUCGCAGGCCGGGAACAUGAUAUCACAGCUACUCAGCGGACCCAUGGGCCUGAAAACUGGUGGAGCGCAUGGCAGUAGCUUCACAUGGGUAAUCGACACCAACGUCGUCCGAGACGCUUGCCUAGUUUCCGCAGCAGACGAAGUUCUAUCCGCCCUCUCUCCAUCUACUUCCCCUCCCCUCCUUUCUUCCAACGGAGGCGCCAUAGACACCCCUCCGAAGAAGCCCAUCCUCACCUCCGCAUGCCCCGGCUGGAUUUGCUACGCCGAAAAGACCCACCCCUACGUCCUCCCGCACCUUUCCCGCCUCAAAUCCCCCCAAGCCCUCGCAGGCACCCUCCUCAAAUCCGUCCUCAGCCGCCGCUACAACAUCCCCGCCUCCCAGAUCUGGCAUCUCGCCAUAAUGCCCUGCUUCGACAAAAAGCUCGAAGCCAGCCGCAGCGAGCUCACCUCGGCCGCCUGGGCUCCCUCCUCCCCCGCCUCCCCCCCAAUCCGCGACGUCGACUGCGUCAUCACCGCCCGCGAGCUCCUCCACCUCGCCUCCACCUGCGCCAUCUCCUUCGCCGCACUCCCCCGCACCCCUCUGCCCCCUUCCACCCGCACCGCCUUCCCCGACGGCCGCCUCGACGCCUUCCUCUUCCCCCGCGCGCGCGGCCGCGGCGCCCAGGACCCCGUCGCCGGCUCCUCGGGCGGCUACCUCCACCACAUCCUGCGCACGGCCCAGGCGCAGCAUCCGGGCAGCACGCUGCGCGCCGAGCGCGGCCGCAACGCCGACGUCGUCGAGUACACGCUGACGCAGCCGGGCGGCGGCGGCGGCGCCGUCGUACUGCGCAUGGCGCGCUACUACGGCUUCCGCAACAUCCAGAACCUCGUGCGGCGGCUCAAGCCGGCGAAGGCGAGCCGCAUGCCCGGCGCCGCGCGGGGGGUGAUGAGGCGGCCUGGUGGAGCGGGGCCAGAGGCGAAGGAGUAUGCGUAUGUGGAGGUCAUGGCGUGUCCGGGGGGUUGUACGAAUGGGGGCGGGCAGGUGAGGGCCGGGGAGGUGGAGGAGGUGAGGGGGGAGGCAGGAGUAGGGGGCGAGGAGAGUGGGAAGAAGGUGGGGCCGGUGGAGCAGAAGGAGUGGUUGGGGAGGGUGGAUGAGGCGUAUUUCUCUGCAGGGUCUGAUGAGGGGGAGGAUGGGGAUGGCGAUACGGAUAUGGGGGGUGCAGAUGAUGGGUUGGAUGUUGUGGAUGGGGUGUCGAGAGCAUAUGUGCAUGGUAUCCUGCAGCACUGGGCGGAGCUGACGGGGGUGUCGGUGCGGGAUCUGGUGUAUACGAGUUAUAGGGAGGUUGAGAGCGAUGUGGGGAAGAAGAAGAGCGAUGUGGAACGGGUUGCGACUCUGGCGAGUAGUAUGGGUGGUGGGUGGUGAAGUCCUGCAUGGUCAGCAUUUAGAUUCGAAUUGGGGGGGCAUUGACGGCGUUCUGGGAGGGUAUUAGAGAGCGGAGGCAAUGGGGGUUGUCGCAUUUACAUCGGAGGUCUGGAUCGGGACUAGAACAAAGUCCAUGCCAUCGGAAGCUUUACGCCAGCCGCCAUUUGGCUGACAGUCAUAAGGGAAAUAUAACAUCGGUAUGUUGACGUUAACUCGCCUCAAAAACCUGGUUAGGAUGAAUGGUUGCAUGAAUUUUAACGACUCUAUAAAUUGCAUCGAGACUUGAUCAUCGAUUAUCAGACUUACG